GUUUCCGACCACAAAUGUACUUUUUUUUUUUUUUUUUGCUCACAUCGAGCAACCCUUUUCCUCAGGUUGUGGUUAGACUAUUUUAAUACCCCUUAAAAUAAUAAAAGAUGCAUGUUACAGUGCCAAGAAAAUGUUAGAAGCUCAAAACACAAGAAGUUGUCUUUAUGAUUGAUAUGGCACAUGCUUAACUUUCACAUACAUGUACAAUCUACAUAUCUAUAUCCAUUCCAUGAAAUUUACUGUAACUGAAGGAACUGCAUCUUGCACACUUAGUCCUUUACAGCAGUUUAUUUCUGACUAUCAUAAGAUUACUGAUUUGUAUAGUCUAUUAGCACAGGAAAUUUCAUCUGCAUAUUGGUUUGUUCACCACAACUCCUACUCAAGAGAACACAGUUCAAUUCACACGCACAACAGAGGAUGAAGGUCGCAUUAACAUCGAUGUGCACUCACGAUGGGAUCUCUAUAGUGGAUGCUUUUUUAUAUGGCCCACUAUUUUUGGCAAAGAAAAUCAUCUUAUAAUUUCAGCAUAUUCGCACACAGUUGAAACAGACUACAAUACGCUUGUAUGUAAAAGGUAAAGAAGCUUAUACACACUUUUAAGUACAGUGUUGUUUCUUCAGCUGUGUUUUCAAGUAGGCUUCUGUGAAUAAAUCUAUCAGACAUGGUCAUAAAAUAAACAUGGGCUGUCUAACAAGCAGACUCUGGCAUCGAUCUGCUGUUCACAGACUGGAAGACCCCGUCUUGAUAUCUGAUGAAGCACCAGGAAAUCACAUGUACACGGCGGUAGCCUUGUGUAACUUUUCACCCCGAAGGUCUGAUGAACACACUAUAUUGUUAGGAGACAGACUGCACAUUAUAUCAGAAGAUAAUGGCAUGUUGACGGUUCGUUCUACAUCAACUGGCCCAGAGUUUUUCAUUCCUCACAACUACGUUUCCAAAGUGCAUAAUCGGUGGCUGUUUGAAAGGAUCACAAGGAAAAAUGCAGAACAACUUCUUAUGCUGCCUCCAAACUACUCUGGAUGUUUUCUAAUUCGGGAAAGCCAGUCACGCCCUGGUUCCUACUCACUUUCAAUGCGGCAAGAUGGAGGCCAUGUGCACAAUGUUAAGCACUACAGAAUCCAUCAGCUCCACAAUGGCUGGUUCUACAUCCACCAAAGCCACUACUUCUCCACUCUCACCCAGCUGGUGGACUAUUACUCACGGUCUUCUAAUGGUACGUACUGUCAGCUGACUGAACCUUGCUUACUUCACAACUCCAGCACAGCUGUAGCACACAGACCCACACCUGUAACAAUCCAGAGGUCCAGCCUUAACUGGAGAGAUUUGUCCAGGUCGAUGGUUCAAAGCCAGCUAAACGGAUCUAACCAGGAGAGUCUGGUCAGUGAAGGAUUACGAGAGACUAUGAAAGCAUAUUUUUAUGUCACAGAGUCGUCAGAAUGUGAGGACUGAGUGACAUCCGCAACACAAAACAGACCUGUGAGACUGAUGAAGUUAAGUUAAAGAUGUUUUGGAGAUUUGGUGGCCUUUUUGAUCACAGUUCAUUCCUAGUGUCAAGCAUGAUUCAUAAUGUUUUGUUCAUUAUUUGAUGAAUUUUUUAUUUUUUUUUAAUCAAGAUUUUUUAUGUUAUAGUUGUUUUGUAUCUGUCAUAGUGGGCAGGAUGCAUUACUUUGGAAAACUACAGAGUAAAUUGCACAGUUUUCAGUAGGACCCAAAAGAAAACAAAUUAAUGAUACAAAGUUUAAUAUAAUUAUUUAAAUGCUUUUAUUUGACUUUUUAAUAUUUAAAUAUUAAAUAUUAACCGAUAUUUUGAAAUCUAAAGUUUUUUUUAUAAUGUGUCAUUUACGUUGUCAAAACAGGGCUCACCUUUUUUAUCCACCUUUUACAUGUGACAACUGACAUAUUUAUGUCAAAGACUAUACUUUGUUUAUGUUUUGUGAUCGUGAUUUAUAUGACCGGGAACAAUUUUAAUAAUUUUUAUAAUUGUAUAAUCUAUUUAAAUAUGUAGCAAAUAAGGUAGCUGCCUUUGUAUUAUGACUUAUACUUUUAUUUUAAAAGGUAUAAGUAUACUUUUAUUUUAUAGUAAUUUAUUUUAAAUGCCCUGUUUGCAAAGUAAAAUACAACUGUUUUUAGUCCCUUCAAACUGAAAAAUAUAUAUUUUUUUGUCACAAAUGAUAAUUCACUGGCCUCAUUCUUUUUUAAACAGGCAACAUUUUACAUGAAGUUUUAACAUUAAGUUUGAAAAUAUGCCGUCAUUUUGAAAUGCUGAAUGAUUAUUUAGAAGGCAGUUCAAUACAUGUUGAAAGUAUAAAAAAAAUAGAAGUUCAAAAUUACUGUAAAGAAAAUUUACAGUACUGUUUUUAUUUUAGCCUAUAUAAAAAAAAAUAUUUUACAAAAUAGUUAUAUAUUUUUUAGUGGGCGGAGUCUAUCUGGUGACAGAAAAUGCUAUCAGUCUAUGUAAACCAUGGAAUAAAAGAUUAAAAGGGUGAUUUUGCAAAAUUUUGACCUUGUUCUAGCAAUUCCGAGAUUACUCAUUCAUUAAAUGAAAAUGACAAAUCGCGAGCAUUGUGGUGGGAGAAAAACACUAGUAUCAAGUUAACGGAAACGGGUCAAAUCCAUGGAAUAAGAAAAAAAAAUGCAUUGUGCCAUUGGAUGUCAGAAGAAUCAGAAUGCAAAUCAUUUGUAUAUAAUACUGUCGUCAAAGACGCCAUUUGAAGCUAAACGCAGACGUUAAAGCAUGAAAUACUAUUCAAACCUAUAACAU